UUCAAUAGUAAAUUUUACCACGUGUUUUUAAUUUACUCAAUCAAGAGUCAGAGAAUUUGAGUAUGUUCUGAAAUGCUCGACUGUUCUCGGAAGUACUUUAUAAUUAUUUUAUCAAUUGCUAUGCAACUAUACAUACAUACUUAAUUUUUUUAUCAUCGAAAUUUAUGUUUUUUAUGACUAUUUUACUAAAUAUUAAUUUAAUAUUGGAUAAUUUUUUCAAUAGUAUGUUUCUCAUAUAAACAAUUUUUAAUUUUUUUUAAUAAUAUCUGAUACACAGCACUGAGCCAGCUUUGACAUCAUUAGCAUCUCAAUGUACUGGAAUCAUUGAUCCCUCUAUAUCCUUAACGUCUGCUCCAAAUGUAGAAGGGGACCCAUUGCCAUACACUUCACAAUUAGUUAAUUAAAUAAUUUUUUGUAUUUUUUUUAGUAAUUGUUCCUUUUUAAAAACAAGUUAAUCUGAUCUACUGUUCUUGGAAUGAUGCCUUAAAAAUUUUUUUUCAAUUCUAUCCGUCUGAAUAGAAAUCUCUUAAAAGCUUUUUGAAAUUAUUUAUUUCUUUUUUAAUUAUGUAAUUGCUUUGCAUGUUAUCGUUUACAGAAAUGUUGACCAGAGAUCAAUAUUAAUUAAUGAUGAAACCAGUAAUAUUGAAGAUUUGGAUAAUACUGUUGAGGAGGACAAUGUAGAUUGUAAUACAGAUAUUCAAAGUUUUGGAGAUGAUGAGUAGGCAAAGAAAUGAUUUUUUUUGUACUAAAAUAAAAAGAAAACGUAAAGGGGGACAAAUAUAGUGUCUUAAAAUUAAAAACAAAAUACCCUUUCUGGAAAAAAUUAAAAAUUAUGCUAUAGACUGGGCAGUAUAGAGAUGUUACAUAAAAUGACUCUGUUAAUGAUACUUUUUUGGCGUGUCAUAACAACUGUCAUGUGAAUUAUUUUGCCAAAUACCAAAGGAAAAUGAACCCACCUCCUAAUAAUGAUUAGGCAAUGAAACGAGAUAGCUAUAAAAUUGCCAGAGAACGAUUGAUUAAUUAUAUUCAACAAGAAGUUAUUAGAAAUCGACAAGUGAUGUCAUUAGCUCACUUGAAAGAUUGUUAUGCUGAAUUUGUACAAUAAAUGUAUGAAAACGCAAAUUUAGAAGCUAGUAUAUUCAGUAAUCAAGCUCUCGAGGAUUAUAUACAAAGUCAAUUGAAACACAGAGUUUCAUUGGUUAAUAUUUCAAAUAAACAAUUUUUUAUAUCAUCUGAAGUAUAUAUUGAAACAAUCGAUGAUGAAGAAAUCAAAGAUAUAUUACUCGAACAAGAAGCACAAGAUUUUGCCUUGAAAUAUCGAAAAAAUAUAUGGAAAAUAAAAAAAAACUUUAACAGAUUUCAUUGAUAGUGAAGUAUUAAAUGAAGGAGAGUGCGAUGUUCCAAAAUGGUUAGAUAUAUUUUGGACUACUGUUGGCAAAGAAAGCUGCAAUCAGGUUUGGAGAUUGUCUUCAUGUUAUUCGCAGGACUCUUAUGUACAGCAUUACAAGAGGUUCUAUCAAACUGUGGAAGCAUAUUUUAUUGGGUAUAACCAUAAAAAGCCUCACAGGAAGCAAAAAAGUCGUGGAUAUAUUGAGCAGGCAAGGUUAUUGCAUCACAUAUCCAAGUACACGUAUACUGGAAUUGGAGACAUCUGCUGCAUACUCUUGUUCUUAUAAUAAUCAGUUAUGUCUUUCCGGCAAUAAUCCAACGUCUAUAUUAUCAUCUGGAGUAGCGUGGGAUAAUUACGACCAAUUUGUAGAGACAAGCUCUGGUAAAAAUACCUUGCAUGAUACAGUGGGUAUCAUUUAUCAAAAUAUCCCUACAGAAGAAGAGUUGAACAUCAUCAAAAGGAACGUAGCAUCUACAGAACCUCGACAGAGUUCAUCAAUUAACGUUCGUGAUUUGUCUAGCCGUAGUAAAUGUUCAUUUGAGGAAGAGUCAUUUGAAAAAUUACCGAACUCGAAGCAAAGUCGUCCAGAGUUUUGGCAUAGUAGUGUAUCGUCACCUGAAGAUCUACAAAAUAUAAGUAAUUUUCAGCGUAGAUAUUUUUCAUGGGUACUUUCCCAUAAAUUACAAAUUUCAAACACGCCAAUGUGGGUAGGAUAUAAUGCAAAAAUUUUAAAAGAUGACAGUAGAAUUCAAAAGGUUGAGUAUUUAACACAAAUUAAUGCUUCUCCCACAGAUCCAGCAGUUGUAAAAGAGACGAUGCGAAGAAGUUUGCAAAUCGCUUUGAAAUGCCAGAAAAAUUUCUUUAGCUUUACUUACGAUUUAGCUAUGGCACAGAUUGCUUUACGGAUACAGAGUGCUGAGGAUGAAUUUCAGAAACUUUUCAUUAAUUUUGGACCUUUCCACAUAAUUUUAUCAUUCAUGAAAGCUAUUGGGAGUUUUAUAAGUGGAUCAGGGUUAACAAAUAUUCUUAUAGAUAGCGACAUUUUGGCCAGUGGUUCUAUCAGUUCUUUUAAAGUGCAAAACACUUUAAUCAGGGCAGAAAGAUUCAUCUUCUACUCUCUCUUGCUUCUUGCUUUGCUGAUUUUGCAUUUGGAAAGGGUUUUACAACAACGUGAUCAGAACUUAGAAAAUAUUCAAGAAUACUGAGAAAUAUUUAAUCAACAAAAGAAUGAUGACCCACAAAUAACCAAUGAGAAUUAAAAAAAACUAUUUAUUAAUUAUGAAGAAUAUAAAAAUGAAACUUUAAAUGGAAAGCAUGGUAAAACACCUCAAAUCUAUUUAAUGUACACAAUAUUAGUUUGUCACCACUCACCACCUCCGGCUUGCUCAAAAUUAGGUGAUGAGUGGAACAUACAGGUUAGUAGCAGGUCACGAAGAAAUUCUUACUCAAUGUUCGAUGUAUUACCUGUUUUUUUUAUUCAUGUAAAAAUCACACUAUAUUUCGUACAACAGAGCACAAAAAAAAAAUCUGUACCUCCAGAAAGGAGAAAAACACAUAGACUCUUAUUACGCAUUACAUUAUAUUGCCCGGAUAAGUUCCGGGCAGGGAGGGCUGGACAAAACCCUUUGUCGCCUCGCUGUGGGCUUUGUCUACAACUACGGUCAAAAAAAAUUCUAAUUAAUUAAAAUGUCAGAAAGAAAAAAGGUUGUUAGGCGUCGCCCGGACCGUAGCUGCAAAGUUGUACUUUAAUAGAACAUUACUAUAUUAUGCGAGCCAUCACCCGACCAAGACCUCUCGUCAUGGUGCUCGAACAAUCACUGAGCUUUACAGCCUUCCUUCCCUUUGUGCGGGCAGUGUCCUGGGCUCGCUAAUGUAAUUCUCAACCAAUCACGGCGCAUAGCAACAGAACUUCCACGAAAUGCUUACUUCUGUUCCCACGAUGCAGCAAUUUUGUCUCUUUCUCACACUUCCGUAACCGUGACUCACACUCCUAGCGUGUGAAACAAAGCUUAGGUCGUGGAAAAACGAAGGAGAAUUACUUCAGCACGCCUUCCUACACAAAGAAGACCCAAAAAAAAAACUUAAAAAAAAAACUUAUGCAUUUAAAAAAUAAAAACAAUAAACCUGGAAAAUUUCGUUCACAAUAACGUCUAAAAGAAAAAAAAUUUACAUCAUUUGAUAAUCUAACCUGAAAUAAGAUAAAAAUUUAUAACAAAUGAUUAUUACUGGAUUGCAUGGGAAAGGCUGUAAUCUGGGUUGUUACAAGUUGAAUAUUAUCUUCAAUUAGAAUAUAGUAUUUGUAUAGGUGACUUCAAUUUGUUUGUAAACAUUUUACCUAAAAUAAAUAUUUUUUUUUAAAUGAAUUACCAUAAUUAUGCAAGGUAUAUGACUGUUUAUUGUGAUAAGUUGAUAAAUAUUGAAACGACACAGCCCGGAUUGCUUGAUGAUUCUCAAAAGAGUUUCUUGGGCAUUUGAAGAACAAUAAAACAGUUUUCAAGAAUCCCGGUAGAUUUAACACUCGAGCAAACAAUCAAUGCUGACGCUGCUUCUAAAACUUGUGGAAUUAUAAACGUUACAAACUCGUUCUCUGCAAGACAAAAAUGGUCAAUUACUCAUUCACUACGUAUGAGUGUUAUAUCAAAAGUGUUGGAGUUUUGUGAUAAUAAAUCAACAGAUGAUAUUACGAAAUAUUUAAAAAAGUCAGCAAUUAAUAAAUCUACAAAAAACUUAGAAGUACUGAUGCAACUAACAAAGCAGUACACCAACCCUUUUGCAUUAGAACUGUCAGAAGAUCAUCUUUACAAUAUAUCGAAAGGUUAGUCGGUGAACGAUGAAGUAUACAAAUUUUUAUCAUCAGUUGAAAUCUAGGGCGAAAAACAACAUAAGAAUUUCAUUGCUGAGACUCGAGUAACUCCAGAUAGGUUUGAUAAAGCCAUUAACAGAAAUAAAAUAAUUAAUUUUGAGUACAAGAAGAUGCAAAAAAUCAAAAUGAAUGGAAAAGAUAAAGAAGUAAAGAUACAAAGAGAUGUUUUUGGUCGUCUACUUUAUGCGUCACUAAAAAAUAAAAUUGAUAUAGAAAAGGCAUUAAGUUAUCCUUUAGCCCCUAUUCUGUUUUCACUCUGUCAUACUAAUGGAACAGUUUGCAAUACCCCCAAAUUUGGGGUUAUUAGUGAAUUACUAGCAUAUCAAACUGAAAUAAAUCCUCCAGAAGCAGAUAUUCACUUAGUUGAUGGAUUUUAUUUAUUACAUACGUUAAAGAACCUUCCAAACAGUUAUGGUAAAAUUUCGAAGCAUAUAUUAAAAAUACUUACAUAUAAUAAAAAAGAAGUACAUAUUAUAUUUGACAAGUACAAAAAACCCAGUAUUAAAGAUUUUGAACAUGAUCUGAGAGGUUAAAAGGACAACAGUAUGACGUUAUACGUAAAUACAAAAAUUGUCCAACAGAUUUCUGCAAAUUAUUGAGGAGUACAGCUUUAAAGAAAAUUUUUUUGAAUUUUUAGUUCACGAUUGGACAAGAGACGAAUUUAUUACAUUAAUCACAGGAAAGAAUAUUAAACUUAAUUAUGAUCAAUGUUACACUUAUGAGGUGUCUAGUUAUCAUGAAGAAGCUGACACCAAAAUUGUGUGCUAUAUUUGUCAAUUUAAUACUAACUAUUGUGUGGAGAUACUGACAUGGCCCAGGGCCUAACUGUACUUAUACUAAACGGGGGUUCACGUCGAUGCAUGUCCUAAGAUUAAUUUGAGGGCGCCACCGUGUAAGGGGCAUGAACCCGGGAGAGACUCUUUUUGAGGGCCGUGACGUCGCCCAUGUGAGGCGUGAUUUUAAUCCCCCUAAAGCCAAUCCUAGUACUCGCUACUGGCCCGCUCUCAGCGUCGGGCACGCUCUUCACCUACGCAGUGGGCUCUUAAGGUGUCCCACACGCCGUCACACUCAGGAUGUUGAAAUAAACUAAUACAAAUUAAAUUGUUGGCCGUGGUAUAUUAAGUGGCUAUUUCGCCUACACCUUUGAUUAUAUUACACAAUGCCCGCGGCACGAAUCGGUUCAUGUGAGGUGCGACCUGACCACGUGGUCACACUAUACAAUUAGUUAAUUCGCGGUAAAAGAACCAUAGUGGUCACUUAUACAAUUACUUAAACAGUUCCCCUGGCCGAGAGAAGCCCUGAGGACUAACGUACGAAAGGAUUUAUGAUGAUUAAAAAUUAAACAGAAUUACUCAGCAGUGCAGACAAGCGGUGAGGUCCCUGGGGUGCUGAUGCGUCUGCUCUCUGUCGGUGCUGGCGAAGGACUGGGGCGAGCUCAGGGCUCUGCUAGCUUAAUAUGACUUCUUCGUGCCGAACCAAUUACCGUUAUAUCUAUUUACGAUUACGUGCCACAGGCAGCUACAGGUAAGACAUAAAACACUCUUAAUAAUUAGAUUACACUUAAUGCAUGAUGAAAAGUACUAACUAAAAUUAUAACAAAUUAUUAUUAAUAUUAACCUUUCCGGCUUUGACGGACUUCGGUUCACCUCGUGCAUGUUCGGUACGUCUUUCCGUUGUUUAUACUCUUACUAAAUAUGAAUUAAUUAAAGUACAUAAAAAUACUCCUGGCCGAUCUGCCGUCACACGCCACUUGGGGAAAAAUAAGCAAAAAUAAGAAUUACAAUGUUUAUCACUAGUUAAAGGGAUGUGGCGCACUGGCGCUACGUCCGUGGCGUACUAUUGAAACACACGUCCUAAGCCCUAGCGGUGGAGAAGGAUGGAGGGUGGGGUUUGUUUAGGCGGUGGCAUAUCGGGCUUAAAAAGGCCGCAGGCCCGAAUAUUACAUUGUACAGAUUCUUAUAUACCAUUAAUAAUGUGGGAAAAUUUGAAGUAAUUAAAAGUUGAAAUUCAAAUAAUUAUCAAUUUAAGCACAAGUAAAAAAAAAGUUCUUAAACAUACAGCAAAACCCCUUAUUUGCACUUUUCAUGGGGACAAAGUAAAAAAGUGUAAAAAGCGGGAAAGUGUAAAUAAAGGGAAAAGUAUAAAAAGGA